AUCUUGGGAGUUUUAGUUCUCCGUUGAAGACUGUUGACUUGAUUUCAGAUCGGAGAACAAAACAACAAAACAAGACUCCAAAAUAAGAAAGUUGUGUUGUAUUUGGUGAAAAACAUUAGAUUCGUAUGCCGUGACUUCAAGAUAAUUUGGGUGGAUUCAGCCACCGUACGCACUGGAGCUGCGAACUUUUGGCGAAAAGAAACAGGAAGUCGUUAGCUUUGUGGGACGUGUAGUUCCGUUUGCAGGCCGCUUAGCUUGGUAACAGCGCGUACGAUAAUAAACAAACAAAAACAAAUCAAAAGCUGCGUUUUUAACUCGUCUUUCGGGAGAAAAACAUGCCCGGGUUCACGUGCUGUGUUCCUGGCUGCUACAACAACUCCCACCGGGAUAAGGAGCUUCGCUUCUAUACGUUUCCUAAGGACAACGCACUGAGGGAGCUGUGGCUGAGGAACAUCUCCCGUGCCGGGGUCAGCGGUUGCUUCAGCACCUUUCAGCCCACAACGGGACACCGAGUCUGUAGUGUGCACUUCGCCGGCGGGAGAAAGACCUACAGCGUGCGAGUGCCAUCCCUUUUCCCGCUGCGAGGCGUGAAUGAGCGCAGGAGCCGGCGGGGCAGAGGGAGGAAAGUGUCCGCAGCGAUCCCUAUACCCGCUACGAGUAUCCUGGGGAGCACCGCAGUGGGAGCCGAUGGCAACGCCGGCGGCGAGGCGGGCCACGAAAGCAUCACUGUGGUCCACAUAGGCCAAAACGGGGAGUACCUGGGCACAGCGCGGCUACCCGCCCCGACUGUGGGAGCUUGUUUCCCCGAAUCGGACGAUGGUAUCGAACAAAUCAUAGUCGGCGAGUCUUCAGUCGAAACUGGGGCCGCCGUGCUCCAGCUGCCCGUCCAGUACGUCAGCGUGACCUGCAGCCCGCUGGACCACUCGUACUCUCUGACCACCGGCACCACGUCGGCUGAGCUGCUACGGAAACUGAACGAGCAGCGAGACAUCAUCGCUCUCAUGGAGGUGAAAAUGAAGGAGAUGAAGGCGACCAUCCGCCAGCUGCGGGUGUCCGAGGCCAAGCUCCAGGAGGAGGUGCGGGAACGGGACCGGCUGCUGCUGUGCGGCCAUACGGCGGCCUGUGCAAGGAACAAGAAGAAAGUCUGAAGACACCUGGACCUGUUAGAGACACUUGACAGACUGAGAGACUUUUGAGACAGUGUUUAAAACGAAACGAAAAAUGAGUUUAUUUUCAACAAGUAGACCUGCUUUUCUUAGAGGCCUGAUUUAAAAAAUAAAUAAAAAGACUUCCUGAGUCAUGUAGCACAUAGGAAAAAGCAAAUUUCAGUUUAUUAAAAAAUAAAAUGCAGUUUUCCUGCAGUUCAGCCAGGAUCAAAGACACAUUUACGCCCCAUAUUUGCAAGUGAUCUGAUAGUUUGAUGAAAUUAAUUUAGAUUAACCUAAAUCGUGUUUUUGUUCUAUUCCAAGGUUCUAAUUUUGCAGCUUAAAGGUUGAUAGGAAAUAUUUCACGAAGAAUGGCAGGACAUUAGGAUUUCCUUUUCAUAAUGAAAGUACUUCCUGGUAGUUUUAUUCAUGUUUGCAGUUGAAGUUAAUAAAAAAAGAGUUCCAUAGGAGCACAAAAUAUAAGAUGCCAAUAAAAAUUCUAUCAUAAGGACACACUGUGUUACAUUAGUACAACUUGUUUAUCUUUUUAGAAAAAAAAAUCUUAUAUGCAAUUUGUCUCCAAUGGAUGAGAAGUGGGAGGUUUUCAAAAAUGAACAAAGAUGUCCUAUUGCCUUCUUCUGAACAUUAUAAGACUGCUGAGUGUUUUGACAUCACUGACAUUGUCUGCUGCAUCUCAUAGUGCUGUUCAUGAGUGUUUUACAUGUUUCUGAACUCCAUCUGACUGCUUUUGGAAAUGAUGAGCUCUAUGCAAGAGCCUACAGAUGUGUUACUGUGACCCCACGACUUCUUUUAGGUUUGAAAGAUAAAACCUUUGAUCUGCAAAGUGUUUUUGGUUGAUUUGAGAAGGAUGAGUGAAAGCUUUGCAGUGGCGCUUUAUUAAACCAGUAUUUUUUUUUUCAUUUCACCUGACUUGUGGAAAAUAAAGUUUUAGAAUAUGAGACUUUCAAUCAUAAA